AUGACAGAGAAUUGCCCAAACCAGAGGAAAAACAGCGAAACAGAGAGGCAAAUGCAGGCAAAAAACAAGGGCACCACCGCCUACCUUCCUCGUCGCUGCCACAAGAACCGCCCGAACCAGAACGGUGGAAACAAGAUGAAGGAAAAACUAGAAUUUGAUCUGGAAAACAAAGACAUUAUACAUAUGGAUGAUGUGCAUUUUAAUGCAAUAUUCAAUGAAGAUUUGGAUGAUGAUCAUGAAAACAUAAUGGAGCGUGUUGUUGAUCACAUUAACUAUCGUGGUGAUUAUAACAGCGGUGGCUCAAGCGGGGAUGCUGAUGAUGGGACAAAUGAUGACGAUGACGACAAAGAUGACGAUGAUGAUAGUGAUGAGGAUGAUGAAUCAUUUUGGAGGCAAGAAUUUGAUAUGAAAAUGUUAGUUGUGUGCACAGCUGGGGCAAAACACUACCAGAAAUUCGCUUAA